UCCGCCACCGCAGCAGCAGCAGCUUCCAAUCCCGUCCCUCCCGUGAAGUGCUCUCUCGCCGCCCCAACAUCGCCAUGGAGGCCGCCGCCGAGCUCAGGACCCAGCUCCAAGCCCACCUCACCAUGAUGUACGCCACGGGUGCCGUGGACGCGUAUUUCCAGGAGCUGCAGGAGCUGGACGAGGGCAGUGCAGGCACGGGCCACGUCGCCGAAGUCCUCAACAUCUUCCUCAAUGACGGCGACAGGAUCCUCAGGGACAUCGACAGCCUGCUGAACAAGCCCCUGCACGAGGUGAACUUCUCCAAGGUGGACGCCCUGGUGCAGCAGCUCAAGGGGAGCAGCUCCACGUAUGAUGAUGAUUUCUUUUCUAUCCCCGUCCAUUUUUUACU